UUUCCCCCUAUUUUUCUUUUUCUCUUUUGCUUUUCUCCUUUGGGAAUUGACAGCUUCGGGGAGGUGUGUCCUCGCUGGAAGGUGCCGCGAAAGCGGAGGCUGAGGCAGAGGCUGCCCCGACAGCUCCGCUGCGUUGCUCUGGCUGCCCAGCGCUCCUCUCGGAGCAGGACGCGGGGAGCGCUCCCCGACUCCUCGCCGCAGAUCAGACUUUCCUCGGGAGCAUUCCCGGAGCUGGGAUGGGGGGGUUGGAGCCGGGAGGCGGCCGGGCUGCGGGGCUGGGGCGCGGCGCUGGCUCCCACGCGUGCUCCUGACCGGCCCCGGCGCUCCCCGCCCUGCGGGGGCUGGGGCGGAGGGCAGGGACCCCCGGCUGCCCGCCCCGGGCGGUGCCCCCUGCCCGCCCCGCUGCCCGUGCCCUGCCCGCCCGGCUCCAGCCGCCCCGAGGACACGAUGGGCUCUGGGCGCUGCCGCCCGCUCCUGCCCGCGCUGCUGCUGCUGCUGCUGCUGCCCACGGCGUGGGGUGACUGUGGGCCCUUGCCCAACAUAAGCCACGCGGAGCCCCCAGACGACACCAAACUUCGGGGAAGCUUCAGUGUCGGCUCCAAAGUCACGUACAGAUGCCUGGAAGGUUUUGUUAAACGCCCUUUGCUGUCGGACACCACGCAGUGCCUUGCCAACUCCCAGUGGUCCAACCUCCCGGAGUUCUGUGGUCGGAGCUGUCCCAGCCCACUACGUGUGAGUUUUGCCAGAAUAUCACAAAAAGAUGAAACGCAGAAUUUUUACGCCGUUGGCACCACGGUGAACUACGUUUGUCGCCCUGGCUAUGAGAACACCACGGACCAGCUCCCCACCAGCACCUGUCUUGACAAUUUAAAGUGGUCAGACAUUCCCGAGCUCUGUCACAGGAAGUCUUGUGGUAUUCCAGCAAAUCCAGAACAUGGCAAAGUCAUUGCAAAUAAUCAUCUAUUUGGUGCAAGAGCAGAUGUAGUUUGUGACCGUGGGUACACAUUAAUGGGGGCAUCAGCUCUCGUCUGGUGUUCCUUAAGGGGAGGGCAAGUUGCCUGGAGUUCCCUUCCAGCUUGCCAGGCUAUUUCUUGUCCUCCACCUCCAGCCAUUCCCAAUGGGAAGCACAAUGGCAAUGAUACAGAGUUCAUGUACAGCUCUGUGGUGAUGUACACGUGUGACCCAGGGCUCCAGCUUGUGGGAAAUGAAACUCUUCACUGUACAACAGAGAACGGGGUCGAUGGCAUCUGGAGUGGGUCUCCUCCCGAGUGCAAGGUCAGCACUGCAGCAGCCACCAACCAAACAGAGCCCUCGGGAGCAAAGACAGCAGAGAAUCCUUACUGGCUAGCAAGUAUCCUCAUCCCUAGUGUCAUUGUUCCCCCAGUAGCCCUUGGAAUUCUAGCUGGGAUCAUCAUGAGAUGGAAAGACAAUAAAAAGCACUCUUAUGAUACUGAUUUACAAAAGCACAAGGAGGGGAAGGACCCCCCAGCGCACCCACAGGCAGUGGGUGCUGAGAAGCUGCCUGUGCCGUGGCGUGACUAUUUCUGCCACACCACGAGUUGCCAUGUGUGUCCCAGCUGUGAAGAGGGGCUGCAUGCUGCCCUAGCCCCCCAUGCUGAGCCCCCACGCCCCAGCUGUGCCACCUGCCAGGACUGGCUGCGCGCCCGGCCCGGCACCCCCUGCACCUUCUCCAUCCCCACCAUCAGUGAUGGGGAGAGCUGGAGUCCUGCAGGCACCAGCUCUCCUGCCAAAGCUGUGGAUGUGUUGAGGGCUGAUGGUGCAGCAGAAGCUGUUCCAGAGAGGAGGGAGGCAGAGCUGCCCAUGGACCAGGAAAGCAACCAUCAUAUCUGCCCCAUCUGUGAGGACUGGCUCCGUGCCCACCUGGUCCAAAGCCGCCCUGCAGUGCCCGGGGAGCGGCGGGGCGGGCGCUGCCGGCGGGAGCGGGGACCCCAGGGUCCCAUCUGCCCGCCCUGCGCCGACCGGCUGCACCUCUCCCUGGUCCAUAGCGACGUGACGCGCUGCCCCGUGUGUCCCCUGGCCGGGGAGGGGACCCUGGCUCACCUCGUCCCCCAGAGCACCCCCGGCUGCCACGUCUGCCCCGGCUGCGCUGCGCCCACCCACAAACAUCUGUGCCAGCCCCGAGGCAUCAUUUCCCACCCGACCGAGGAGGGAGCGGCCGUGGGAGCCUCCCCGGGGGACACGGUCGCAGCCCCGCGGGGCCCGGCGGAGCUGAAGCCUCCGUCCAAGGACAUCCCAGCUCCCGCCCGCCCCGGAAAGGGCCGAGCCGCCGUGCUCGGGGCUGCGCGGUGCUGCGCGGAGCCGGGAGCUGCCAUGGCCCUGCUCUGGCUCUGUGCCCUGCUGCUGGUCCUGCCCGGCGCCUGGGGUGACUGCCCGAAGCCGGAGAGGUUUCAGUUCGCGGAGCCCUCCACGCCCCUGGAGGAUUCCUACCCCGUGGGGACCCGGCUGAUGUACCGGUGCCGCCCGGGGUACACCCUGGCCAGCGGCAAGUUCCGCUUCAUCACCUGCCUGGACAACUCCAGCUGGUCGGAGAACCCCGACUUCUGUAUAGGAAAGUCAUGUGGUCCACCUGACUUCACAAAUGGCAACUUUCACUACACGACUGACCUGCUGUUAGGGGCGACAAUAAACUUCACCUGUAACCUGGGGUACCGAUUAGUUGGGGAAUCAUCUGCGUAUUGUAAACUUGUUGGCAAUGAAGUUUAUUGGGAUAAGAUUCCACACUGUGACAUUAUUCCCUGUUUGCCACCUCCUGUCAUCAAGAAUGGGCAGCUCAUCGAUGGGAACAGAGACUUCACCUUUGGCAUGGCUGCAACCUACAGCUGUGACAGAGGUUAUGCUCUUAUUGGACAUGACACAAUUCACUGUACAGCAAAUGAUAAGCUCGAGGGAGUGUGGAAUGGUGAGGUCCCCGAAUGCAAAGUGGUCAGAUGUAAAAAUCCGGAAGUGAAAAACGGGAGAAGAUUAUCUGGCUUUGGCACUGAGCACACGUAUAAAAAUACAGUGACCUUUGAGUGUAAUCCUGGUCACUUCCUGAAUGGCAGCAGCCUAGUUACUUGUGAUGCAGACAGUAACUGGAAGCCACCUCUGCCAACGUGUGUCCCAAGUUGUGGCCCUGCCCCGGUCUUCCCUUUUGCUGAGGGUGAGGGGGCUGUGGGUGACAGCUCCCCUGCUGGAACGAAGCUGCAGUAUCGGUGCAAGCCGGGUUAUGCUGCAGCCCUCGAUAAGUCCUCAGUUGUCACUUGUCUGAGUGACAGAACUUGGUCUGCAGACCCAGGCUUCUGCAGGCGUCAGCAAUGUCCCCCUCCCAUGAUAGACAAUGGGGAUGUGACUGCAGACAAUUUCCUGUUUGAGACAGUUGUGAGAUUCUCCUGUUACCCUGGGUAUCAAUUAAAGGGAUCAUCCUCUGCCAAGUGUGUGGUCUCAGGAAAUGGGGUUGAUUGGGAUACAGGAUUUCCACACUGUGAAAGACAGCUCUGUGGAGAGCCCCCCACGGUUGACAAUGGGAUGCACAACGGCACGAAGGGAAAACACUUUGUCCACGGCUCCGUGGUAGCUUAUAAAUGCAAGGAUGGGUUCACCCUUGAUGGAGAUGCCUUUCUUCAGUGUGUUGCUGGAGAUCGACACUGGGAAGGUUGGAACAAGCCUGCUCCUGAGUGCAGAGGUCGAGCAAACAUGAUCAUUAUUGCCCCCGGGAGCUGCAGUCUGUGCAGGGAGCAGAGCAUGGUGCUCACCUUCACCCUCCACCUCCUGGGCGGCUCUGCUUUGCUCCUGGCCAUCGUGCCUGGGGCUCAAGCUACCCGGUGCCCGUUCCCCCGCGUCCGGCAUGGGAAGCAAGUGGCCUCCCCCCGCUAUUUCUACAAGCCCGGGGACACCGUGAGCUUCGUGUGCAGCCCGGGGUACACCCUGCAGGGCUCCCGCACCAGCACCUGCCGAGCCGGCUUCGGAUGGAGCCCCCCUCUGCCGGUGUGCAGAAAGGGCAAGUAAGUGACAUGUCCUCAGCCACCAAACAUUGCCAAUGGGCUGCACAGCGCACAGAACUUGGAGAAGUUUUCCCGAGGAGUGACCGUGUACUACAGCUGCAAGGAGGGCUACCAGCUGGUUGGGAACACAUCUGUCAACUGCACGGAGAGUGGGGUGUGGAGCAGGCCCCGGCCCCGCUGUGAAGCAAUUGGCUGUGAGAUGCCCGAGGUGCAGAAUGGGAAGGUCCAUGGGCUGCAAAGCACCUACAAAGCUGGAGAGACUCUUCGCUUUGCCUGUGAUGAAGGUUACGCUGCAGAGGACACGUAUGAGACUCGGUGCCAGCCAGGGGGGACCUGGGAUCCUCCAGUGCUCAUCUGCAAAGAGGUCCAGCCCUGUCCCAUGCCUCCAGAGAUCACCAAUGGAAAUCACAACGGGCAGGGCAGAGCAGUUUUUACCAUGGGAAUGUCUGUAACCUACACCUGUGACCCUGGCUACUACCUGGUUGGAAACGCUGCCAUGUUUUGCAGAGCAUCAGGGAACUGGAGCCAGCCUGGCCCUCGCUGUGAAGAAGUGACAUGUCCUCAGCCACCAAACAUUGCCAAUGGGCUGCACAGCGCACAGAACUUGGAGAAGUUUUCCCGAGGAGUGACCGUGUACUACAGCUGCAAGGAGGGCUACCAGCUGGUUGGGAACACAUCUGUCAACUGCACGGAGAGUGGGGUGUGGAGCAGGCCCCGGCCCCGCUGUGAAGCAAUUGGCUGUGAGAUGCCCGAGGUGCAGAAUGGGAAGGUCCAUGGGCUGCAAAGCACCUACAAAGCUGGAGAGACUCUUCGCUUUGCCUGUGAUGAAGGUUACGCUGCAGAGGACACGUAUGAGACUCGGUGCCAGCCAGGGGGGACCUGGGAUCCUCCAGUGCUCAUCUGCAAAGAGGCCCGGCCAUGUCCCAUGCCUCCAGGGGUCCAGCAUGGAAAUCACAACGGGCAGGGCAGAGCAGUUUUUACCACCGGAAUGUCUGUAACCUACACCUGUGACCCUGGCUACUACCUGGUUGGAAACGCUGCCGUGUUUUGCAGAGCAUCAGGGAACUGGAGCCAGCCUGGCCCUCGCUGUGAAGUGACUGUCUGCAUCAACCCCGAUAUCAAGAAUGGAAGGCAAGUUGGUGGCCAAGGACUUACUUCCGCACCCGGGCAAACAGUGACAUUUCAGUGUCAUGAUGGUUACAGCCUGCAAGGCAGUGCUAAAAUCUUCUGCCAGGAGGAUGGCAGCUGGCAGCCUCCUGUUCCCAUCUGCGACUGGCUGUACCAGCACCAGGAGUUCUCAAGCACGUCUGAACUGCCAGGUGGUUGUGGUGCUCCUACCAGGUUUCCCUUUGCUGAGCUAAACGAGAAGCAUAAAAAUGAAAUUGAUUUUUCUGUUGGGAAGACUGUGCAAUACACUUGCCGACCUGGAUAUGCAAAACAGCCAGGAAUGUCACCUACUAUUACAUGCCUUGAGAGCGGAGUGUGGUCAGAAGCACUAGAGUUCUGUAAAAGGAAAAAAUGCAAUCAUCCUGGUGAACCUGUGAAUGGGAAAAUUAGUUUCUUAACAGAUCUCCUGUUUGGGUCAACAGUGCUCUACAGCUGUGAAGAGGGGCACAGGUUAAUUGGAAAAGCCAGCAGACGAUGUGAGGUUUCUGGUGGACGUGUUGCGUGGACUGGUGACGUUCCCACUUGUCAGCGCAUCCCUUGUGAGCCGCCUCCGGACAUUCCCAAUGGGAAGCACACGGGCAGCCUGUUGGAGGAAUUCCACUAUGGCACAGCCAUAACAUACACCUGCAACCCUGGGUACCCGCUCCAGGGAGAGCCCUCCAUCCACUGCACCACCCGGGACGGGAAAAACGGGGUGUGGAGCAGUCCCCCCCCCACAUGCGGAGAGCCAAGAUGUCCUGUCCCACGGGUCUUGAAUGGGAGAAUAUUGUCUCCUAAGACUACCUACAGCCACAAGGACACCAUUGCCUUUGAGUGUGAUCCAGGCUAUGUUCUGCAAGGCCACAGAGUGCUACAGUGCCAACUAAACAACACCUGGGAGCCCCCCGUGCCAGUCUGCAAGCAGGCUGGCUGCAGUGCACCUCCCAGACUGGCAUUUGCUGAGCUGAAGGAGCCGCACAGCAACCAGAGAGUGUUUCCCGUGGGGAGGACGGUGGGAUACGUGUGCCGGGCUGGGUACAGCCAGCAGCCGGGAGUGCUGCCGGCCAUCACGUGCCUUGGCAAUCAGACGUGGUCUGUGGCGCUGGAGUUCUGUAAAAGGAAGCAAUGUCCUAACCCAGGGGAUCCAGAGAAUGGCAGAGCUGUUGUCCUGACAGACCUCCUCUUUGAGUCCAAAGUUAAUUACACUUGUGACACAGGGUACAAGCUGGUUGGAUUGUCUCAGAGAACAUGCGAGGUCUCUGGCACACGUGUCUUGUGGAGUGGAGAUGCUCCUGUCUGCCAGCCUGUCACCUGUGGUCCACCUCCAGACAUCCCCCAUGGGACACACAGCGGGGGCUUGAGGAACACCUUCUCCUACGGGGACGUGGUCACCUACACCUGCGACUCUGGCCACUCUCUGGCUGGAGAUCCCUCCAUUGUCUGCGCCGCGGUGGACGGGCAGCAGGGCGCGUGGAGCGGGGCUGCGCCGCGGUGCGCAGAGGUGAAGUGUCCCCCCCCUCCAGGCAUUGCCAACGGGAAGCACAGUGGCCAGCCCUCAGACACCCACCUGCCAGGCUCGGCCGUGCAGUACAGCUGCAGGGAUGGGUAUUCCCUCAUCGGGAACGCCUCCAUCAGCUGCACCCCCGAGGGAACGUGGAGCCGGCCCCGGCCCCGAUGUGAAGUGCUGCAGUGUCCUUCCCCUCCAAAUAUCAAAAAUGGGCAGCAUGACAGCAAGGAUGUGAAAGUGUUUGUCCCUGGAGUAUCAGUGAAGUACUACUGUGACCCAGGGUACGUCCUUACUGGGAAAACAACAGUUUCUUGUUUGGCAUCUGGAACCUGGAGCAUCCCUUACCCCCGGUGUGAUGUGAUCACCUGCACAAGCCCCAACAUCCAGGGUGGAGAAGUGGCUGGCGGACAGAGCACUGUGUACCAUCCUGGAGCCAAUGUCACCUUCCAGUGCCACCUGGGCUACGUGCUGCGGGGCAGCCGUGAAGCCAAGUGCCAGCCCGAUGGCCGCUGGGCACCUGCUGUCCCCACCUGUGAGCCAGGGCGGCUGUGUCCCUCCCCGGUGGUGAUUGAUCGCGGCCAGCACAACGGAGAGGAUGUGAAAGUGUUUGCUCCUGGGAUGUCUGUAAAUUACAGCUGUGACCCUGGCUAUUCUCUUACUGGAAAGACAACUCUGUAUUGUAUGGCAAAUGGAACCUGGAGCAUCCCUUACCCCCGGUGUGAAGUGAUCAACUGCACAAGCCCCAACAUCCAGAAUGGAGAUGUGGCUGAAGGACAGAGUUCUGUGUACCAACCUGGGGACAACGUCACCUUUCAUUGUCACCCAGGCUACGUGCUGCAGGGCAGUGGUGAGGCUGAGUGCCAGCCUGAUGGCCGCUGGGUCCCCGCUGUCCCCACCUGCAAGCCAGAGCUGCAAUGUCCUUCACCACCAAAUAUUGACAAAGGAAGUCACAACAGCCAGGACUUGGAAGUUUUUACUACUGGGAUGGUUGUAAAUUAUAGCUGUGACCCUGGCUACAGCCUCCUGGGAGAGGCAUCAAUUUACUGCACUGAAUCUGGAAACUGGAGCCUCCCUUUUCCUCAGUGUGCAGAGGUGAUGUGUCCAGCCCCACAGAUCCAGAAUGGGAAAGUAUCUGUUCUCAAGUAUCGCUACAUGUACAGAGACACUGUUACCUUCAAGUGCCGUGAAGGUUUCACCUUGCGAGGCCACCACACAGCCCAGUGCCAGGCAGAUAAAACGUGGGAGCCCCCCGUACCAGUCUGUGAGCAGGUGGUGAAGUGUCUGCAUCCUCCACGCAUUGCUAAUGGGAAACACAGCAGGCACCUGUCAGACACUUUUGGUGUAGGAGCCCUCGUGCACUACCACUGCAAACGGGGCUUCUCCCUAGUUGGGAACAAGUCUGUUCGUUGUACAGCACCUGGAGUCUGGAGCCGUCCCCUCCCUCGCUGUGAAGUUGUGAAGUGUCUCCAUCCUCCAAACAUCACCAACGGGAAGCUCAAAGGCAACAUCUCUGACAGUUUUUCCUAUGGAGAAUCUGUAUCCUACACCUGCAAUCCUGGCUAUGCACUGCUUGGGAAUGCUUUCAUCAACUGCACUGUGUCAGGAACCUGGAGCCAGCCACCUCCUCAGUGCAAAGAGAUCAGAUGUGUAUUCCCAGAAGUUCAAGGUGUUAAGAAAGACAUACGAGGAAAUACUUACAGCUCGGGGACCAAGCUGACUCUUGAAUGUGAUGAUGGCUACACGCUGGAAGGCGUCAGCCAGAUUCAGUGCCAAGAGGACUUCAGCUGGGACUCUCCUCUACCAGCCUGUAAACUGACGAGCAGAGCGUUAAGCCGCGGUUGUUUCUUACCGCCGCCGGGCACGGCGCUUUGUCUCCCCGAGGAGCGGGCUGCUCCCCUGGAGCCAAGGACCGCUUGGGGUUGUCAGGCGGCGCUGACAGGGCAGCUCCCCCCGCUCCGAGCCUGCCCCGCGCUGCCCGGGGCCGCGGCGCGGGAAGGGGCGGGUUCCCCGGGCCCCCCGUGGCGGCGGGGCCGGGCGGGGCCGCGCAUGCGCCCCAGCCCCGCGCUGCGUCUCGGGGCCGCCGCGAUGGGGCCGCUGCUCGCCCGGGGCCCGGGGCUGCGGCUGCUGCGGCUGCUGCGGCUGCUGCCCGCGCUGCUGUGGCUCGGCGGGACGCGGGCUCAGGACGGGUGUCCAGCCCCCGAGAGGCUGCAGUACGCGGAGCCCGAGGAGGGGGUGAGCACCGGGCAGAGCUUUCCCGUCGGAAGCACCGUGUCCUACGUCUGCCGACCAGGCUACAUGAGGAUCUUCGGGAAAUCAGCAACUCUUACAUGUGGGGAAGACUUGCAGUGGUCACCCAUAGAGCAGUUCUGCACGGAGAGAAAAUGUAAUCAUCCAGGAGAAUUAGAACAUGGUUUUAUUACUGUAACAGAUCUUACAUUUGGUUCAAAAGCUACUUUUUCUUGUCAAAGAGGGUUCAGAUUAAUUGGAACUAGUGAAAUUUCCUGUGUAGUUAAGAAUAAAGGUGUUGACUGGGAUAAAGAUCUUCCUUUCUGUGAAAGAAUUCCUUGUGGGCCACCUCCAGACAUACCCCACGGGCACUACACACCAGCAGCCGACUACGUGUAUGAGACAGCAGUGACCUACACCUGUGAUCAGGUGCCAAAAGGCUCAGAUCCCUUCUCCCUGAUUGGCUCAGCUACUAUUUUCUGCACUUCUGAUGAACACUUAAAUGGAAUUUGGAGUGAACCUCUUCCAGAAUGUAAAGAAGUGACAUGUCCUCAGCCACCAAACAUUGCCAAUGGGCUGCACAGCGCACAGAACUUGGAGAAGUUUUCCCGAGGAGUGACCGUGUACUACAGCUGCAAGGAGGGCUACCAGCUGGUUGGGAACACAUCUGUCAACUGCACGGAGAGUGGGGUGUGGAGCAGGCCCCGGCCCCGCUGUGAAGCAAUUGGCUGUGAGAUGCCCGAGGUGCAGAAUGGGAAGGUCCAUGGGCUGCAAAGCACCUACAAAGCUGGAGAGACUCUUCGCUUUGCCUGUGAUGAAGGUUACGCUGCAGAGGACACGUAUGAGACUCGGUGCCAGCCAGGGGGGACCUGGGAUCCUCCAGUGCUCAUCUGCAAAGAGGCCCGGCCAUGUCCCAUGCCUCCAGGGGUCCAGCAUGGAAAUCACAACGGGCAGGGCAGAGCAGUUUUUACCACCGGAAUGUCUGUAACCUACACCUGUGACCCUGGCUACUACCUGGUUGGAAACGCUGCCGUGUUUUGCAGAGCAUCAGGGAACUGGAGCCAGCCUGGCCCUCGCUGUGAAGUGACUGUCUGCAUCAACCCCGAUAUCAAGAAUGGAAGGCAAGUUGGUGGCCAAGGACUUACUUCCGCACCCGGGCAAACAGUGACAUUUCAGUGUCAUGAUGGUUACAGCCUGCAAGGCAGUGCUAAAAUCUUCUGCCAGGAGGAUGGCAGCUGGCAGCCUCCUGUUCCCAUCUGCGACUGGCUGUACCAGCACCAGGAGUUCUCAAGCACGUCUGAACUGCCAGGUGGUUGUGGUGCUCCUACCAGGUUUCCCUUUGCUGAGCUAAACGAGAAGCAUAAAAAUGAAAUUGAUUUUUCUGUUGGGAAGACUGUGCAAUACACUUGCCGACCUGGAUAUGCAAAACAGCCAGGAAUGUCACCUACUAUUACAUGCCUUGAGAGCGGAGUGUGGUCAGAAGCACUAGAGUUCUGUAAAAGGAAAAAAUGCAAUCAUCCUGGUGAACCUGUGAAUGGGAAAAUUAGUUUCUUAACAGAUCUCCUGUUUGGGUCAACAGUGCUCUACAGCUGUGAAGAGGGGCACAGGUUAAUUGGAAAAGCCAGCAGACGAUGUGAGGUUUCUGGUGGACGUGUUGCGUGGACUGGUGACGUUCCCACUUGUCAGCGCAUCCCUUGUGAGCCGCCUCCGGACAUUCCCAAUGGGAAGCACACGGGCAGCCUGUUGGAGGAAUUCCACUAUGGCACAGCCAUAACAUACACCUGCAACCCUGGGUACCCGCUCCAGGGAGAGCCCUCCAUCCACUGCACCACCCGGGACGGGAAAAACGGGGUGUGGAGCAGUCCCCCCCCACACUGCGGAGAGCCAAGAUGUCCUGUCCCACGGGUCUUGAAUGGGAGAAUAUUGUCUCCUAAGACUACCUACAGCCACAAGGACACCAUUGCCUUUGAGUGUGAUCCAGGCUAUGUUCUGCAAGGCCACAGAGUGCUACAGUGCCAACUAAACAACACCUGGGAGCCCCCCGUGCCAGUCUGCAAGCAGGCUGGCUGCAGUGCACCUCCCAGACUGGCAUUUGCUGAGCUGAAGGAGCCGCACAGCAACCAGAGAGUGUUUCCCGUGGGGAGGACGGUGGGAUACGUGUGCCGGGCUGGGUACAGCCAGCAGCCGGGAGUGCUGCCGGCCAUCACGUGCCUUGGCAAUCAGACGUGGUCUGUGGCGCUGGAGUUCUGUAAAAGGAAGCAAUGUCCUAACCCAGGGGAUCCAGAGAAUGGCAGAGCUGUUGUCCUGACAGACCUCCUCUUUGAGUCCAAAGUUAAUUACACUUGUGACACAGGGUACAAGCUGGUUGGAUUGUCUCAGAGAACAUGCGAGGUCUCUGGCACACGUGUCUUGUGGAGUGGAGAUGCUCCUGUCUGCCAGCCUGUCACCUGUGGUCCACCUCCAGACAUCCCCCAUGGGACACACAGCGGGGGCUUGAGGAACACCUUCUCCUACGGGGACGUGGUCACCUACACCUGCGACUCUGGCCACUCUCUGGCUGGAGAUCCCUCCAUUGUCUGCGCCGCGGUGGACGGGCAGCAGGGCGCGUGGAGCGGGGCUGCGCCGCGGUGCGCAGAGGUGAAGUGUCCCCCCCCUCCAGGCAUUGCCAACGGGAAGCACAGUGGCCAGCCCUCAGACACCCACCUGCCAGGCUCGGCCGUGCAGUACAGCUGCAGGGAUGGGUAUUCCCUCAUCGGGAACGCCUCCAUCAGCUGCACCCCCGAGGGAACGUGGAGCCGGCCCCGGCCCCGAUGUGAAGUGCUGCAGUGUCCUUCCCCUCCAAAUAUCAAAAAUGGGCAGCAUGACAGCAAGGAUGUGAAAGUGUUUGUCCCUGGAGUAUCAGUGAAGUACUACUGUGACCCAGGGUACGUCCUUACUGGGAAAACAACAGUUUCUUGUUUGGCAUCUGGAACCUGGAGCAUCCCUUACCCCCGGUGUGAUGUGAUCACCUGCACAAGCCCCAACAUCCAGGGUGGAGAAGUGGCUGGCGGACAGAGCACUGUGUACCAUCCUGGAGCCAAUGUCACCUUCCAGUGCCACCUGGGCUACGUGCUGCGGGGCAGCCGUGAAGCCAAGUGCCAGCCCGAUGGCCGCUGGGCACCUGCUGUCCCCACCUGUGAGCCAGGGCGGCUGUGUCCCUCCCCGGUGGUGAUUGAUCGCGGCCAGCACGACGGAGAGGAUGUGAAAGUGUUUGCUCCUGGGAUGUCUGUAAAUUACAGCUGUGAUCCUGGCUAUUCUCUUACUGGAAAGACAACUCUGUACUGUAUGGCAAAUGGAACCUGGAGCAUCCCUUACCCCCGGUGUGAAGUGAUCAACUGCACAAGCCCCAACAUCCAGAAUGGAGAUGUGGCUGAAGGACAGAGUUCUGUGUACCAACCUGGGGACAACGUCACCUUUCAUUGUCACCCAGGCUACGUGCUGCAGGGCAGUGGUGAGGCUGAGUGCCAGCCUGAUGGCCGCUGGGUCCCCGCUGUCCCCACCUGCAAGCCAGAGCUGCAAUGUCCUUCACCACCAAAUAUUGACAAAGGAAGUCACAACAGCCAGGACUUGGAAGUUUUUACUACUGGGAUGGUUGUAAAUUAUAGCUGUGACCCUGGCUACAGCCUCCUGGGAGAGGCAUCAAUUUACUGCACUGAAUCUGGAAACUGGAGCCUCCCUUUUCCUCAGUGUGCAGGUGGCUGUGGUGCUCCUCCAAACUUAACCUUUGCUGAGCUAGCUGAGGAAUACAAAAAUCUGACAGAAUUUCCAGUCGGAAACACCGUGAGAUACAGCUGCCAGCCGGGAUACAUGAGACACCCUGGAGUAGCGUCCACUCUGACAUGCCUCAAAAACCACACGUGGUCUGAAGCGCUAGAGUUCUGUAAAAGGAAGCAGUGUAAAUUCCCAGAAGCACCAAAGAAUGGCAGAGUUUUUGUUCUGACAGAUCGUCUUUUCGGGUCAAUUGCGAACCACUCGUGUGAAGAAGGGCACCGGCUGGUUGGACAGUCGCACAGGCGAUGUGAGGUUUUUGGAGCAAAUGUUGCAUGGAGUGGUGUUCUUCCCAUUUGUCAGAAGGUGAUGUGUCCAGCCCCACAGAUCCAGAAUGGGAAAGUAUCUGUUCUCAAGUAUCGCUACAUGUACAGAGACACUGUUACCUUCAAGUGCCGUGAAGGUUUCACCUUGCGAGGCCACCACACAGCCCAGUGCCAGGCAGAUAAAACGUGGGACCCCCCCCUACCAGUCUGUGAGCAGGUGGUGAAGUGUCUGCAUCCUCCACGCAUUGCUAAUGGGAAACACAGCAGGCACCUGUCAGACACUUUUGGUGUAGGAGCCCUCGUGCACUACCACUGCAAACGGGGCUUCUCCCUAGUUGGGAACAAGUCUGUUCGUUGUACAGCACCUGGAGUCUGGAGCCGUCCCCUCCCUCGCUGUGAAGUUGUGAAGUGUCUCCAUCCUCCAAACAUCACCAACGGGAAGCUCAAAGGCAACAUCUCUGACAGUUUUUCCUAUGGAGAAUCUGUAUCCUACACCUGCAAUCCUGGCUAUGCACUGCUUGGGAAUGCUUUCAUCAACUGCACCGUGUCAGGAACCUGGAGCCAGCCACCUCCUCAGUGCAAAGAGAUCAGAUGUGUAUUCCCAGAAGUUCAAGGUGUUAAGAAAGACAUACGAGGAAAUACUUACAGCUCGGGGACCAAGCUGACUCUUGAAUGUGAUGAUGGCUACACGCUGGAAGGCGUCAGCCAGAUUCGGUGCCAAGAGGACUUCAGCUGGGACUCUCCUCUACCAGCCUGUAAACUGACAUCACACAAGUCUGGUUCAGUAGGCCUGGGAGUGGCAGCUGCAGGAGUCCUGCUUCUCCUGGGGGCAGGCAUUGUCUGGAUAAUUAUUUCUAAGCAGAAGGAAGGCUACUAUAAUACAUAUGAAAGCUACAGUUACCAAGCCCCUCUCACCCUGAACACGGAACAGAAAUAUUCAUGUCUUCCACAGAAGGCUGGGGACCCGUGCUGCCACUAACCAGGACUCGUUCCCUGCACAAGGGAGCAGCUGCGUGGAAGCAUCCCCCCCCACACCGA